GCAUGGAAAUAAAGUUAAAUUUAUUUUAGUUUUAGUUAUGAUGUGUAAUGUAAUUUUUUAACACACUAAAAUUUGAGUUUUGACAAUUUAAUUAUUGGUCUUAUUUUAAUUAUGUAACAAUGAGUAAUAUUUUGUGAAAACUUUGUUUUUAAAAUAAGUAAAUUAACAAUUGAAGAUAGAAUAUUAUUAAUAUCAGAACACAAAUAAUUAAUAUUUAUAGUUGAUUCCAUAAUUAUUAUGGAUUCAACUAAUUUAAUUCAUAUUUGGAGCAAGUUAGGAAAACUUACUGUAGAUUGUGUUAGAAAUAUACAAAUUACAUCAGAGGAACAAAUAGUAAGAUUGGAUGAAGUAUACAAUAAUAUAUUGAAUUCUGUACAGCAAAAUAAUGUGUCUGUAAAUGUACCAGGGAAUAAAACAAUCAAAAGACAAUCAAGGAAAGCUCAUUUAUCUAACCAAGUUGGAGACUUAUUUGUUACUGAAACUGAUUUCCAAGAACCGUCUGAACCAAUUGUUCGUCGAACUAAAAGAUUAGCAUCAAUUGUUGCUUCUGAUAAAAUUAAAAAUUCAAAAAAGUCUGCUACAAAUAGCUCAGAAACAAAACAAACUAGAGAAAAUAGAGCAAGAGCUAUUUCUACCAGUGUGGAUAUUGCUCCUUUUAUAUGUCCUAAUGCAAAUUCGACCUUUGUUGUUGAACACAAAAACAUCUCUUCAAAUAACGAUGACCAAUACUUUUUAACUGAUGAUAAAAUAAAUACUAUGACUAAAAAUUCCAAAAUUGAUGAUAUAUGUGAAAUUUCUAGUAAACAAUCAAAAAAGAAUGUUGAAAAGCAAAUAACGUCACCAAAGAACAAUGUGGAAAAUAUAUUAACUCAAAACAUUGGAGACUUAGAUAAAGAAAUAUUGCUAUGCCCAAAAGACAGAAAACGAGAAAAACUAGAAGAUAUUGAUAUAAAUGUUGAUGAAUUAAUGCCACAACAUAUGACAAGAAUAAAAAAAAGAAAAUUGGAAGAUGAGGUUAAAAUUAUACAUGUACCAUUAGAAAAACAAAUAUCAACUCCUCAGGCUAAUGUAGACGCAAUGACAUCAGUAACGCCUCAUCAAUUUAGAGAAGAUGGAGCUGUAAAAAGAAAAGAAUUAUUUCUUAAACAGAAAGCAGAUCAAAAAAAAAAUGAUGAACUACAAACGAAGGCAGCCAAAUUAAGAGAAGAACAAACAAAACUUUAUCAGGAAAAAAUUCAAAAAAUGGCUGAAGAGAAACAGAAAAAAGAAGAGAAUAAAAAAGUUAAAGAAAUGUUGCAAAAGGCAGAACUAAUAAAAAUAAAAAAACAGGCUGAAAUUCGUAAGGCUGAAGUAACCGCUAAACGGAAACAAGCUGAAGAAGCCAAAAUUUUAAAAGUUGCCCAAAAAGCUGAAGCUGAACGUUUAGCUAAACUAAACGAAUUAAAAAAACAAGAAAAAAAAAUUUUCAUUUCUCAUAAAGCAACAACGUCAACUCCUACAUUAAAGAAAAAUAUAGAACAAAAAACUAAAACUCAAAAAAUAGAGAAUAUAAUAAACAAUGACUAUGGAUUAAAUGAUAUAUCAGCUCGUGAUUCUUCUGAAGAAGAAUCCAGACCUAGGAAGCCAAUUCCUGAAUGGGCAAAACGAGAAAAUAGAAUAACAAUACUUGAAAUCCAAUCUUAUGUAAGCUCAGGAAUUAGAGACCCAUUUUUUGACUGUCCUACCCAGAUUAACCUCAAACAGAUGUUUCAAGGUUGGAAUAUUCGAGAAAGACAACGCACAUCAAGCGCUGUAUGGACUACACCACCUAAGUAUAAUGAAUAUGUUCAUAAAUAUUAAUAUCUUAUAAUUACAGUUAUAUAAAUUGAUUAUCUAUUUCUAUUUGCCAUAAAAAUUACAAGAAACUUAAAAAAUUAUUUCUUUAAUAAAUUAUUUAUAUAUUAUUUAACUAAAUUCUUAAAAAAAUUUUGCUAACAGUGUUUGAUUAUUAUUAUUAUUAUUUUGUAAAUUUUAUGUACU